GUGAUUGAACAAUAUAAAUAUUACGUGUAGUGAAGUUGUUGGAACUUUUAUUUAUCCGAACCCUCUUGACGAACACCACAUCACCCAUCCACACCACAACUGGUGACCCCGACGUGAUACGAAGACUGAAGGUUGGUACACUCGAUACAAAAUGAGCGACAGCAGUGAUUCUGUAAAAACAGCCGGUUCGAGAAAUGACGGCCAUGUGACGCGGCGAAAGAAGGCAGUGCGCGUGUCCAAUGACGGACGUGAAAUUUGUCGCGCGAAAAUUAAAGUGCCGCCAUUCUCGCCUGAGGAUCCGGAACUGUGGUUCGCCCUGAUUGAAGGCCAAUUUGACAGCCAUGACGUCACCGACGACGGCACAAAAUUCACGCAUGUCACCAACAACCUGGACAUCCAGUACGCCAAAGCUGUGAAGGACAUCAUUGUAAACCCUCCAGCCCAGAACAGGUAUGGCAAAAUUAAAACAGAACUCAUCAAGCGACUCUCUGCUUCGCAUGAGAAAAAGGUCAAGCAGUUGCUGACGCACGAGGAGCUUGGAGACAGAAAGCCAUCUCAGUUUCUACGGCACCUCCAAGACUUGGCCGGCCCAUCUGUUCCUGAGGACUUCGUCAGGUCUAUUUGGUGCAACCGUCUGCCAAAUAACAUCCAGACAGUGCUAGCGUCGCAGCCGACACACUCCCUGGAGCAGCUUGCGGAUUUGGCUGACCGCAUUCAAGAGUUGACGUCCCCAUGCAGCGUCGCCGCGACGUCAUCACACAGUGCAACCGCUUCACACCCAUCGGAUGAGAUCGCGGAGCUGAAGAGGAUGGUCCAGCAACUAACCCUCAAGUUGGAAGAGCACACUCGUGCUUCCUGCUGCGCGACCUCCAGCCGCUCGAGACCGCGUGAACGACUGCGUUCAUCUUCACGUCAGAGAAGCCGAUCCAGCUCCAGCUAUAAAAAGUACACGAUAUGCUGGUUCCAUGCGAAGUUCGGGGAAAGGGCUAAUAAGUGUAACAAGCCCUGCGACUACAGAAAAGCGGGAAAUGCCACGGGCGGUCGCUAAUGGCGACAGACGAUUGCCCAUCUUCUUCAGGUCGCCUUUUCGUCACCGACCGCAGCACGAACACCCAGUUCCUGGUAGACACCGGCAGCGACCUCUGCGUCUACCCCCGUUCUGCGCUUCGAGAGCGUCGUGCCAAAACAGAAUUUCAGCUCAGCGCGGCCAACGGAAGCGUCAUCGACACUUACGGCUUUAUUGAGCUUAACUUAAAUCUAGGCUUAAGGCGUAAUUUUGCUUGGCGUUUUGUUGUAGCAAAUGUAACUAGACCUAUUAUAGGCGUUGAUUUCCUUAGCUUUUAUAACUUAAUUGUAGAUUGCCGCAAUCAACGCCUAAUUGAUAACACUACCACAUUAUCAGCCAGUGCUUCUUUAGUAAAUGCUAAUGUUUUUUCGGUUAAGGUUUCGACAGGCGACACGCGCUUUCACAACAUCCUGAGCAAGUUUCCGGAAAUUACACGCCCUUCAGGCACACCAACCGUCCCGAAACACAACACCUUGCAUUAUAUCAGGACUACACCAGGUCCUCCUAUCUCAUGUACCCCUCGUAGACUGGCACCUGAUAAACUCAAAAUAGCUAGGCGUGAAUUCGAGCUCAUGCUUAGCAACGGCACAGCGCGUCCUUCUGAAAGUCCCUGGUCUUCACCCUUGCACCUUGCGCCUAAGAAGGACAACGGCUGGCGCCCUUGUGGUGAUUAUCGUAUGCUUAAUGCGCGGACCAUACCAGACCGUUAUCCUAUUAGGCAUAUCCAUGACUUUGCCCACUCCAUUGCUGGUUGUACAGUAUUUUCCACUAUUGACUUGAUGAAAGCUUACAAUCAGAUUCCGGUUUUCGAGGCAGAUAUUCAAAAGACUGCCAUCACCACACCCUUUGGCUUGUACGAAUUUCCCAAAAUGACCUUCGGACUGAGAAAUGCAGGUCAAACAUUUCAGAGGUUUGUUGACGAAAUGUUGAGAGGCCUCGAGUUUUGUUAUGCCUACUUAGAUGACUUUUUAGUCUUCUCCAAGGACGAGGCCGAGCACGAAGACCAUCUUCAUCAGCUCUUCAGUCGCAUGAAGAAAUAUGACGUCCUCGUCAACACCUCCAAAUGUGUCUUCGGCGCACGCGAGGUAACAUUUUUAGGCUACCGGAUCUCGGCAUCUGGCACCAAACCCCUGGAAUCCAAGGUACAGGCAAUCAAUGACUUCCCUGUCCCUAAGACAGUCAAACAAUUGAGGCGAUUUUUAGGCAUGCUCAAUUUUUACAGGCGGUUCUUACCACACUCUGCUUUAAUUCAAGCCCCUUUAAAUGCCUUGCUUACAG